CCUAUAUUCAAUGUUGUAAAUAUUAUUUUUGUAAAAAGGACAGAUAAAAUAUUAUACACGAUGUUCAAAAAUACGUAUCAAAAUGGAUUAUUAUCCAUUUUUUAUAGCUGUGGUUCAAAUCCUCUAGCUAUAUGGGAUAUGGAAGUGAAAAAUGGCCACAUAAAACGAAUUACCGAUAAUGAAGUAAACUCCAUAGUUCUAGAGAUAGUAAGUACGAAUGUAGCAACAACAUACAUAACAUGCCCGAAUAGGAAUCAAGUAUUAGGAAUAAAAUUGCCUUUUUUAGUUAUGAUAGUGAAAAAUUUAAAACGAUAUUUCUCUUUCGAAAUAACCAUACUUGAUGAUAAAAACAUGCGUCGAAGGUUCAGAAUUUCAAAUUUCCAGUCAACCACAAAAAUUAAACCAUUUUGCACGAGUAUGCCAAUUGGCCUCUCUGGGGGUUGGAAUCAAAUACAAUUUAAUUUGGCUGACUUCACGAGACGAGCUUACGGCACACAAUUUAUAGAGACACUUCGUGUUCAGGUACAUGCUAAUGUACGAAUACGAAGAAUAUACUUUAGUGAGCGGUUGUAUAGUGAAGAAGAGUUACCUCAAGAUUACAAAUUAUUUUUGCCGUUGGAAAGAAAACAAAAGAUAAGUAAGAUAACGAGGAAGGAAGGAGCAGCUCCUAAUGCAGCAGUUCUAUCUCAACCUCCUGCUGCAGUACCAGCUCCUGCUGAAGCUCCACCUAGUGAAUCCACACCUGUAGAAGUUCCGCUACCAGAAUCGAUUAAAGAAGAGGUUUCGAAAAAAGUUAGCGAAGUUAUUGUAACUCCGGCAGCUACUGAAGUUGAAGAAGAGAAUCCUGCAGAGAUUGAGGCUGCGCUUGAUGCACUCGAAGUACCAAUAGACGAGUUUGCAGAGGCUAGUGAACCAUCGGCAGAAAUUGAAGAUGCAGAGGAUCAAAUAGAAGAAGCUAUCGCUGAAGAAGUGCCAGUGGAAGAAUAAAAUAAACUGUUAUUUUUGAGAGCAUCUACUUUUGUUAAUUAU